AUGCCACCAUCAGCGGGCGAAGAGCGACUUGUGACUGUUUUUGCGGAUAUCCACUACUAUUUCACAGAGCCAACCCGAAGACCCUCACCAUAUCACCACCGCUUUGAUAAAGGCUCCUAUGUUUAUAUUUACCAUGACGCCUUUCAGAACAAGUCCCGGAUUGAAAUUGCCAAUAAUCCUGGAUCUCCAGAGCAGGAUGCAUUCUGUGGAGGCUUGAACAAUGUUCAUGUACGACACUCUGCUCAAUUCCCGACACUUUGUACUUUAACGGUUGAUGCACACACGGCCUCGCCCCAACAGCAAUAUAGACAAGAUACCCCUCAACGUGAGUGGCGUCUGCCUAGUGGAGACCCACGCGAUGACCCCAAUGAAGUCCGCGAUUUCCCUCGCCUGCAUACAUUGGAUAUCUACUUCUGGACUCAAGAAGAUGCAACCGACUUCCUGGACACCGUCGUCCGGCUUCUAUCCAGUGCCCAGGUCGAGACUGACCGAGAGCCAGCUCCACAACCACAGCAAACCGUGAGCUCUGUAGUCCAGCAACUUGAGACCGUUGCAGUCUCCGACCCUGCCUACCAGAAUGGUCAAACGCGCAACUCACGAUCAGAACCCACAAGCACAGCGGCACCAGUGCCAGAGGCGCCCCCACAAACCAGCAGCUUCCCCCCGCCCCCACCAAGCGGACCUCCAGUUGAUCAACGAUUAAGUGCUGUUUCUGCCCCCGCCGAGGAAAAGAAAGACGCGGCCAGCUUCACCCCGCUCCCAUACAAUCCAGCUGCCCCAGCCGCCCCGGAGCCAAUCCAAUACCGCGAGAAGACCCCGCCGCCAGAGGACGGGAUGAGCGGCACCGGCCUCGCAGCCGCAGUGGCAGCCGAUAGCGGCAUGCCAUAUACGCCCCCGCACCAAAUGAUGGGCGGCGCAGGAGGCGUGGGCGGAUUUGCAUCCCCACCCCCCUCAACCCCGGGGCUGCAAUACGCAGGCCCUCCAGUGGCAGCGCCGCCAACAUUCGCCUCACCUCCGCCCAGUGCGGGUCUACAACAUUCAAACUCUUUCUCUACUGCCCGAUCCUCGGUCCACAGCCCCGGUAUGCCUGUCCCUUCAUACUCGCAGUCGUUCCUCGGCGAGCAGGGAGGUCAACAGUACAGUGCGAGCCGGCAAGGUUCAAUGUCCUUCGCUCCACCGCCGCAGGAUCCGAAUGCCCAUCUAUAUGACCAGCAGGUCUAUGGGGCUGCCCAGGUCCAGGCCCAGUCGCCGCCUCAGUAUCAGGCUGGGGCGGCGGUGCCGAUAGGCGGGUUCUCGAACCACUCCUAUGACCAGACUCAGGCACAGCAGCAGCAGCAACACCAGCGUACUGGCUCUGAAUAUGAUAUUCAUAGCCAGCUGUAUAGACCCACUGAAGUAGAGGCUAGCUCUCACUAUCAGAAAUAUGCACAAAAGGCCAUGAAGAAUCCUGGACAGCGGCCGAGGAAAUUGGAGGAUAGAGCAGAGCGAUUGGAAGGUGGUAUGAAUAGGUUCCUGAAGAAGCUUGAGAGGAAACUUUGA